GCGAAAGAGAAAACCGCUGCACAAAGAAGAAGCACCAGCACAAAAGCAGUUAAAAAUCCGUCUCGAGAUCCUUAUAAACGCGUGAUAAAAGUGUAAAAGUUUAUUGUAAAAUAAAGUUUAUUUAAUUGUAAUUGUAAUUUAUUAACGUUACGAUACCCUGUCAGUUGAGAUCAUUGCAAACGAAUUGACCGAAAAGGUAUUUGGGAUGUAAGUGCGCUGUGAGGUUGUUCGUACGUCCCAAGGAAAUUAUUGCCGUAAAAGACGAAGGCCUAAGCAAGGAACACACGAUGGAAGAACCGCACACCACUCCGAAGAAGAAAUUCAGCGGCCUGGAACAUCACGACGCAAUCUUUAAGACCCUGCAAAAUUUUACCGCCCCGACGAGUCCAAAGCUUCCGACGAUCAAGGACUUCAGCAUAGUGAAACCAAUUAGCCGAGGAGCUUUCGGGAAGGUCUUUCUAGGAUAUAAGAAAAAUGAUCAGGACAAGCUAUUUGCUAUCAAGGUGAUGCGCAAAUCGGAGAUGAUCAACAAGAACAUGGUAUCGCAGGUGAUCACCGAGCGGAAUGCCCUGGCCCUGUCCAGGAGUCCUUUCUGCGUUAUUCUCUACUACUCGCUGCAGACGAUUUCGUCCGUCUAUCUGGUGAUGGAAUACAUGGUGGGAGGCGAUUUGAAGUCUCUGCUGGCCAUGUAUGGAUUCUUCGAGGAAGCCGCCGCCAGAUUCUAUGCGGCCGAAAUAUGUCUGGCCCUGCAGUACCUGCACAAGCAUGGGAUCGUGCAUCGUGACAUCAAACCGGACAACAUGCUGAUUUCGGCUUCGGGGCACGUUAAGCUGACGGAUUUCGGGUUGAGCCGGAUCGAGAUGAGUCGGGAUCUGGAGAUUUCGGAUCUGAUAAACUGCUCGCCGAGUUUGAAUGCUAGGACACCUGGGCAGUUGCUUUCGCUGACGUCGCAUCUGUCAUUCGGUUCCCACGAUAAGCGCCUUCAGGAACAGCUUGAGAAGGACCGUUUGCAGCAAUCGUCGGAAAGUGAACUAGACAAUUCCUUUACGCAUUCCAAGCAGAACGAGAGCAAAAUGUCCGGCGUGAGUCCGUUCUUUUCCGCGGAGCAGAACGCUAGUUUGCUGGAGGAACUAAAAGAGGUCCAGAAAGUGGUGGACGGCAGAAUGACGGCGGAUAUGUCCUCGUCGUAUUAUACGUGCAAUUCCAGCACCGAGGGGAAGAGCAGCAGCGGAAGCUACACAUCUCUCAACGGAAACAAUGCCGAGUGCCGAAUGACGGACAGACAAAGCUGUGAUAGUAAGGAAGGCGCGGAUUGUGACAAAGAAAACCACCAGCAGUGUGGUAACAUUAGAUCGGUAAUGACGGAGAAAUAUAAGGAUUCGUUCGAUUUCCUAUUGCUUCCGGGGAACCACAAGUGUAAGACACACGUGAGCAAUGAUUCGGGAGUUUCCAGUCGGAAGAGCGACAUAUCGAACAUUCCGGCCGAGCUGUCGGCCAUCGAGCGGCCGACGGAUUGCUCCGGCCAUCACAGCAGCGGCAAUAAGGACUACUCGUGUUCGGAUUUUUCUCGCAGUUAUAGUAUGAGUAACAUAAAUGAAUCCUGCAAUUCGAGACAUCACUAUGAUUCACCGAUAAAGAACGGAAUCAGGUGCUUCAAGAGACCGGAGUACUUUAGGGGUAUAAAACGCAAACGGCACCCGGUGAGCCGGGUCGAUUCGCUAAUGUCGGACCCGGAUGGAAGCACUGCCAGCACCGGUCUCACCCAGGAAAUUGACGUGAUGGACAUCGGCAGCAGCACUCCGAAAAAACGAAAGGCAGCUUCCCCCAUCAAAGGUGUCCUCAAAGUUCGUUCUUUGUCCGACGACGAAAUGCCGGUUAACGAAAACCACGGAAAUGUAAUGUUCUCCACGCCGGUUUCCUCGCAGAAAAUCCGCCGCGAAGGUGGUCAGUUAGCUAAACUCAAAAACACCCGCUUCGUGUUGCCAUCAUCCGUCGAGCAGCUGCGGAAAUCGGAAGCCUUCAUCAAAAUCACCGACGAAUCCGUCAUGUCUCCCAUCUGUACAGGUAAUUCGUCCGUGCCCAAUGUAGGAACCACGCCUAAAACUGUCAAGACGCCAUUCAGGACACCAAAAUCGGUACGACGGGCUCCGAUCGAGUCCGAUGAGCGAAUACUCGGCACUCCAGACUACUUGGCUCCCGAAUUGCUUCUCCAGCAAGGCCAUGGCCCACAAGUCGACUGGUGGGCGUUGGGAGUCUGCUUGUACGAGUUCAUGACCGGUGUUCCCCCAUUCAACGACGAAACUCCCCAGAAAGUAUUCGAGAACAUUUUAAGCCGCAACAUCGAAUGGCCCCAAGAUGACGAAGCCCUCUCAGUGGAAGCGGUCGAAGCCGUGGAACAACUGCUGGAUAUGGACCCCACCACAAGGCCUCAGGCCGAUCAGAUGAAGGCUAUGGCAUUCUUCGAACUGGUCGAGUGGGACAACAUGGAAUCGAUGCCGCCGCCAUUCAUCCCGAACCCGGAUGACCCACAGGACACCGGGUACUUUGAGGCACGCAACGUGAUGCAGCAUUUGGUCUUGUCCAACUUCGACAUGGAUGCCUACUGACGGAGGACGGAGUUUGAGCCCGAAAAGCAGACACUGGGAUGUUUGUGUGCGAUGGGGUGGGACGGGCCCCGGUAAAAUUACGCGUAACAAUUGUAACCUGUUAUAUCUUUUAUUUGUAGGAAUAAGAAUUUGUGAUAAAUAAACUCGGUAUUAAAGACUC